AAAGUGUAGUAUUGUACAGUCAUACUGAGAUUGGCAUUAUAUAGGUAUAGUAUACCUUAGUUGCCGUUAGAUCGGGGCCACAGGCCGUAGCGUAGCUCUCGUUCCAUCCUUUUUCCCCGUUGAACAUACCCAAUACUAGUUUACGCAGUGUGAAUAAAAGAAGUGAAAUUGAGUUUCCGCAAAGGUGAAAAAAGCGUUUGACGCUUGUAAAGCCCAGUUUUAAUUUACAUGAAGAAUAUUAAGUGACACUGCAAACAUGUCGGACCACUACGGGCCAAUAACUUUAAAAUGGGAUCCCAAAAAUUUAGAAAUUCGUACCAUGUCUGUAGAAAAAACUUUAGAGCCUUUGGUUCUACAAGUAACAACAUUGGUCAAUACAAAAGGACCAAGCAAGAAGAAAAAAGGCAAGUCGAAGAGAGCUAGCGCUCUUGUUGCAGCUGUUGAAAAAGCUACAGACAAUUUUAUUGAAAAAGGUGAACAAAUUGCUUAUGAAAAUCCUGAUAUUACCGAUGAGAUGCUGAGUGCAGUUGAUGAAGUUAAAAAAACUGGAUCCACUAUGAGUAUUGCUGCCAGAGAAUUUUCAGAAGAUCCUUGUUCAUCAUUAAAAAGAGGCAAUAUGGUACGAGCAGCUCGUAACCUACUCUCAGCUGUUACACGUUUGCUCAUUCUUGCUGAUAUGGUUGAUGUACAUUUGUUACUUAAAUCAUUACACGUUGUUGAAGAUGACUUGAAAAAAUUAAAAAAUGCUUCAUCCCAAGGAGAAUUGAUAGAAAAUAUCAAACAAUUUGGUAGAAAUGCUUCUGAACUUAUGAACCAAGCUGCAAAACGUCAACAAGAACUUAAAGAUCCACAACUUAGAGAUGAUCUUGCUGCUGCAAGGGCAGUUCUAAAGAAACAUUCUACCAUGUUACUUACAGCAUCAAAAGUUUAUGUCAGACAUCCUGAGUUAGCUGCUGCAAAAGCCAAUAGAGACUACGUAUUAAAACAGGUAUGUGAAGCGGUGAAUACGAUAAACGACGUCGCGCAAGGUAAGAUUCCAAGCGAUAGCCAACAUCCUUACGACGGACCGGGUGAAUUAGCCGCGGCGUUGGACGACUUUGAUGAACGUAUGGUCAUGCAUCCAUUGGCUUAUAACGAAGUUCGCACCAGACCAAGCUUGGAGGAACGCCUCGAGAGCAUAAUCAGUGGCGCAGCGCUUAUGGCCGAUUCUUCGUGCACGAGAGAUGACAGAAGAGAAAGAAUCGUUGCUGAAUGUAAUGCUGUAAGACAGGCAUUACAAGAUUUGCUGAGCGAAUACAUGAAGAACAUGGGUGUGGAAGAACAGUCUGAAGGACUCGAACGAGCCAUCGACCAUAUGUGCAAAAAGACCCGCGACUUACGCAGACACUUGCGAAAAGCCGUGGUCGAUCACGUCUCCGAUAGCUUCUUGGAAACGAGUGUUCCUCUCUUGGUCUUGAUUGAAGCCGCUCGCAACGGUAGAGACAAAGAAGUCGAAGAGUAUGCCCUCGUAUUCACCGAACACGCAAACAAAUUGGUCGAGGUGGCAAAUCUAGUAUGCAGUAUGUCCAACAACGAAGAUGGCGUGAAAAUGGUACGCUACGCUGCGGCUCAAAUAGAAAAUCUCUGCCCUCAAGUAAUCAAUGCGGCGCGCGUCUUAGCCGCACGUCCACGAUCCAAAGUAGCUCAAGAUAAUAUGGAGGUGUUCCGUCAAGCUUGGGAGAAUCAAGUCCGUGUUCUGACUGAAGCCGUGGACGACAUCACGACGAUAGAUGAUUUUCUCGCAGUAUCAGAAAAUCAUAUUCUCGAAGAUGUCAACAAAUGCGUGUUAGCUUUGCAAGAGGGAGACGCUGACACUCUGGAUCGCACAGCUGGAGCGAUCCGUGGUCGUUCCGCUAGAGUUUGCAACGUCGUCCAGGCUGAGAUGGACAAUUAUGAGCCGUGCAUUUACACUAAGCGCGUGCUCGAGGCUGUUAAGGUUCUCAGAGAGCAGGUCAUGCCUAAAUUUGCCCAGAGAGUUGAGGUGGCCGUUGACGCAUUAGGCAGUACACCUCCAAAGGACGUGGAUGAGAACGAUUUCAUCGAUGCUUCCAGGCUCGUGUACGACGGUGUCAGGGAAAUCAGACGAGCUGUCCUCAUGAAUAGGGCUGAUGAAGAUUUAGACCCAGAAGAUGUUGAGCUGGAUGAGCACUACACAUUAGAGACACGCAGCAAGUCAAGCGCCCAAACAGGCGAACAUGGUGUUGAUGAGUAUCCAGAGAUCAGCGGUAUAACCACGGCUCGUGAAGCUAUGCGUAAGAUGACCGAGGAGGAUAAACAAAAAAUUCUUCAACAAGUUGAGCAUUUCCGCAGUGAGAAAUUGAAAUUUGAUCGUGAAGUUGCCAAAUGGGAUGAUGCCGGCAACGAUAUUAUCGUUCUUGCCAAACAUAUGUGCAUGAUCAUGAUGGAAAUGACGGAUUUUACUCGUGGUCGUGGCCCCUUAAAGACCACCAUGGACGUCAUCAAUGCUGCAAAGAAAAUUUCUGAAUACGGUACGAAGCUUGACAAGCUUACUCGACAAAUUGCCGAUCAGUGUCCUGAGAGCUCAACGAAGAAGGAUCUUAUCGCAUACUUGCAAAGAAUAGCUUUGUAUUGCCACCAGAUGAACAUCACGAGCAAAGUCAAAGCGGACGUGCAGAAUAUCAGUGGUGAACUGAUCGUAUCAGGCCUAGACAGUGCCACUUCUCUUAUUCAAGCAGCUAAAAAUUUAAUGAACGCUGUCGUUCUUACUGUUAAGUGUUCUUACGUCGCCAGUACUAAGUAUCCCAGACAAUCCACCAUUACGUCUCCAAUCGUCGUAUGGAAGAUGAAAGCACCAGAGAAAAAACCACUCGUUCGCCCUGAACGCCCAGAAGAAGUUCGCGCUAAAGUACGCAAGGGCUCGCAGAAAAAGGUUCAAAACCCCAUUCAUGCGCUUUCCGAGUUCCAGAGUCCAACCGAAAGUGUUUAAACAUGUAAUCAUAACGCGCAGAGCGUCAGGAACUCAUUCGUGCAUCUAAUGCACGAUUACACGAGCUAUCUUUUAAAUUUUAUAUAUAUUUUUAUUUGUAUCAAUCUUCAACAAAAUUUUUUUCUUGUAAUCUAAUAUAAUCAUACAGUACAAGAGACUGCCAAUCAUGAAGUAUCGAUUACUUGAAGGGUUGUAUAUAAAUACAUUUAAUCUUCAUAUUUGUGACUGAAACAUUUUUUUGAUAAAUUUUUAUAUUAUAUAAAUGAAGGGCGAAAAACUAAAAAUUGGUGAUUCUUCAUGCGAUAAUAAUCGAUGCAUUGAGCGAUAAGUCUUAGGUAAAAGAGGCGAUAUACUUACGUGUUUCUUGCACGUAUCCAUUUGAAGCAAUUGCUUUUUACAAAAAAAUUUUGUAACUUAUUAUGUAAGUGUAUUAAUUUAAAACAACUAAAUAAUUGAAUUUAUACAAAACAAGUUGAAUUUUACUACCAGAUUUUAAUAGUUAAGUAGCACUAUUUUUGUUAUUUAUAUGUAAUUGCACACUAACAAUUUCCAUUUAAAGUAUUCUAAAAAUGUUUUAUUUUAAAUUAAUGCAUACCAUCGCAAAUGAAAACUCAUACAAACUAUCAAUUUUUUUUUAAUAUUUCACACGAAAUUCUAAAUAACUCAAAUGAAAAUCUUUAUACUUUUUAUACUUUGAAAUUUUUACCUAAUACUGUGUAUUCAUGAAUUUAUAACGAUUUGUGUUAAAAAGUUAACAAAAUGAUACUUGAAAAAAAAGGAACACGAUUUAGUAAUUAAAUUGUAUGAUAAGUUUAAUUGUAACUAUACUUAUGGGAAUAUAUAAAUCGAUCAAGUGUAAUCGAAAUUUUUUGAAAUAAAAAAUUAUUAUAUCAA